AUGGAGAUCGUUUUCAAAGCGCCAACACAGCCCCAGAGCCUCUUGAAUCUCGAUGACAGUCUCGCCUUUGCGCCAUGGAAAACGGUAUCGGCUCUUUUAUACGCAAUUCGCCACGCAACAUUCACUACUUAUCUUGAAGAAGAACAUCGAUCAUUGCUUUUAGACGCUUUUAAAGCCCUUCAAGUUCAAGAAUCACUGUUUCGCAGCGUUUUGAAAAAGUUUACAAAUAACUGGGUCCCAACCAAGAAGGAGGAACGGAUCAUCCAAGCUGCGUGGCAUGGAUGUUAUCCAGACCAUAUCGAAGGUGCUUUCUUCAACUAUGGAGGAUUAAAGGGCAUUAUUGCGCUCGCUAUAGCCUUCAGAGAUACCGACUCGAUCGUAAAUCAAUGGACAGCCAUCAAAGACGAAGCUUCGCGGAAGUGGCUGGUGGAGAACGUUGUUCAUCUCAUGAGGGACAAGGAAAACGAAUGGAUGAAAGGAUUCAUCCCACAAAAACCGGACAACCCAAAUCGACUUGAGCGCCUCGGGCAUCACGCAGCCAGACGAGUCAUACCACAAGCUGGACCACAAGAAAGACAUGAUGGCGAGCAAGCGAGCUGCUCGCAACCACCUACCCCGACAUCUCUUCCCUCUCCUCCCGAUCAAGUGCUCGAUAAUAAGCGAACAAAGUGGGAGGAGCGAAGUUUUCAAUCCCAACAGGGUUUGCCUUCUACGAGAUGCAAUGUAUUGCCGCCCAUCCAAGACCUUCCUCAGCACCAACAGCUGCAAGAGAAACACUAUAAUGGGCGGGCAAGCAGUCCAACACAGCAGUGCAUAUCUACUCCGACAGCCAAUUCCUCUUCCUCCGGAGAAGAUUUCCCUCAGCAACACCGACAGCUAUCGUCCAACAAAAAUGGAGCAAACAACCCAUUCCACAUCCUGCCUCAACAUACCCCUCAAUUCCGCACUGGCAGUUCAGUGGAGAUCUAUCUCCAAAGAGUUCGCCAUUUAUUAGGCUCGCUCCUUCCCCCGCCCUAUUCGUCACCGUAUAAUUCGAAGUCUCCAGGUCCUACGCACAUUACCGACAACGAUGAUCCGAGAUGCAGCCCUUCUUUCCCCGCCAACAAUGACCUCCCUCCAUCCCCUCCACUACCCGGCAGAUCCAUUGCAAGUAAUACGUUGGCACAUAUCUUGAAUACAGGAGAUUACAUCUCACCUCUACAACGCUACAGAACGCUUCCAUAUCCGCAACACUGGACGCCUCCCCCAACCCUUUCACAAGAGCUUGUCAUAACCUUCCAACAAUUGAACGAUCAUUCCAGAGAUUUAGCAACGCUUUUAGUUUUCCUGGGUGAAGCCGAUAUACCGAAGAGCAUGCUCCUCCGUGCCGCUGAGCCGAAAUGGUUCUUCAACCGUUCAGGGGAGGUCGACUUCGCACCCGCUCCAGAUCUCAAUCCUUUAUUCGCAUGCAGUCAAAACCUUGACUCAGCUCUCGAACACCUGGAGGCUCUUGCACUUAUUCGCAUCAGCAGGGCCCUAGAAUCAAUUACAGUCCUACCAAAGCUGCGAUCGCUCGUUGAAUGCACUUUAGGUGAUGCUCGACGGAUGGAAUGCAAAGCUUCGCUACUCGUCUUUCACUCCUUCCCUGAGGAUCCGGAUGUUGAUCGUGCUGAAGGUGUCAACAGAUCACAACUGCCUCAUGUCGCACACGUUCUGAAAUACUUCGAAGCGCCGGACUUCAUCAAUCAAUUUUCUGCGCCACAACGUAAACGAAUCGUCUGCAGUUGUUUAUCGGCUUCGGGGUUUACGACUCUGGAUUGGAAGCUGAACGUCCUUGCGGCCGCGGAAAGGAUCAUGGCAGCCAGCGACGCUGAUUCCCUAUUAUCGGCAAAGCUACGAUUUCGGAGACUUGUCUUGUGCUAUCUGUACCUGACUCAAUUCAGUGACGCGUACCGGCAUAGUAUUGAGCUCGGCUUAUCUCCGACUGACUUAAGUUCAAACGCCUUCCUGGCAGAGAAUAUUCUCUUCCGUGUGCAAGUUAUGAUAUACCGGGAUGAGCUCUCAAGUGCGUGGCACGAGUUGCAAAAUAUGAUACCGCUGGACCCCAAUCGACCUGAAGAGCGACGUCUACUCCAGAAGAAACUAUGCUUCCAGAUAAAAAUCUGUCUUUUCGCGGGGGAAUUUGGUGAUGGAAAGAAAUUAUUGGAGCAACUCAGCGAGUCCCCGAUAUCCCGGAGCCUACAGCCGCACUAUUUCUCGUAUCUCGUAUCUGCAAAUUGCGAGUGUGGGGCAAUUGGUGCUGCCAUGGAAACCAUUCCAGUGUGUAAUUUUGUGGACCAGCCUUGGCAGAGCCUCGGUGUCAGAGGAAGACGUGUCAGCCUCGCAGCAGCCGGCACGCAUCUUAUGAACGGGUUAUGGAUACUGAAGUAUAGCAAGGGAUUCAGCGAUGCUCAGCCAUGGCUUCUUAAAGCGAAGGCUAUCUACGAAGCCAUCGAUAAAGUAUAUUCGAAGAUUUCGAAUGCUAGCCUUGGUCUUGCUAUUCGUCAGUUCUCCGUUUCAGCUGGACUUGCAAUAAUCGCGCACCUGGAGUGGCGCUUCACAACUACUGUUAGGGGGGAGACGGCCCUUUCCUACUGGCGAGCUGCCUUUGAUCUUGGAGAGAAGUCAAGGAGGAACCUUGGUGGGACACCAUUUCCUCAGAUGAUAAUCUCUUAUACUAUUUGCGAUAUCACAAGUCAGCUUGGGUUACGGGAAACAACAGUUGAACUUAUGGAUAUGGCGAAAUCGCUUUAUCAAUACACAGGCCGCCAGUUUCAUGACUAUGCUCUGGGUUCUAUCUGGUUCGAUAUGGUCCAGGAGUGGAACGCAGAAAAUGGUUUGGGUCGGAUAUCCGAGCUGUUCUAUGAUGACUACAUGACAGAGCAGAGAAAGAGCAGAUUCCCUUAUGGAAAGGAUAGCAUUAGAUUGUGUAUAUAG